GCCCCUCCUCUCUCUCUCUCUCUCUCUCUCUCUCUCUCUCUCACACACAGCUUUCUUCUUCUACAUCAAAGAAAAUGACACUCUUGUUAUUACCACAGCCAUUUCUCCGCGACCUUUCUUUCAAGAACUCACUUCUUUCUCUUUUUUCUCAAAAACCUACCUCCAUUUCCUCUCCAUCUCUCUCCAACACACUAAUCCAGAGACCCACAGCCCUUAGUAUAACCCAGAUUGAAAAACCCAGAAAGGGAUUUCCAAAACACUGCUCAGCAACUGCUGAGAUCGAGCGUGAUAUUUCAACGGUUGGGAAUGAGGAGGGAGAGGUUCAAGUGCCUGUAGAGGAGGAAACGAGGGGAGAGGAUGCAGUUGUGAAAUACGAUUGGAAAGAGGAAUGGUAUCCUCUGUAUUUGACAGAGCAAAUUCCAGAUGAUGCUCCUUUGGGCCUCACUGUCUUCGAUAAGCAGAUCGUGUUGUAUCGAGACGGAAAUGGCGUUCUUCGUUGCCAUGAAGAUCGGUGCCCGCAUAGGUUAGCGAAACUCUCUGAAGGUCAGUUGAUCGACGGUAGAUUGGAAUGCCUAUACCAUGGUUGGCAAUUCGAAGGUGAUGGUAAAUGCGUAAAGAUACCUCAGCUUCCGGCCGGUGCAAAAAUCCCCAACUCGGCCUGCGUUAAAACAUAUGAGGUGAGGGAUUCUCAGGGAGUCGUGUGGGUAUGGAUGUCAGAUAGGAAGACUGCAAAUGCUGACAAGCUGCCCUGGUUCGAGCACUAUGCGAGACCUGGGUUCCAGGAUUUAUCGACUAUCCAUGAGCUUCCAUACGAUCAUUCCAUACUCCUGGAGAACCUUAUGGAUCCAGCCCAUGUCCCAAUCUCGCAUGACCGGACAGAUUGGAGUGCGAAGAGGGAAGAUGCCCAAGCACUAUCCUUCAAGGUAACCGAGCGUACCAACAGGGGAUUUGCAGGCCACUGGGGCAAAGCAAGUGAUGGACAAUCAUUGCCGAACUUCCUACGCUUCGAAGCACCUUGUGUUCUUCAAAACAAUCGUGUGAUCGUCGACAAGAAUGGCGAGCAGCAGUAUUUCUCUGCUCUUUUCCUGUGUCGACCUGCUGGGCAAGGCAAGUCCAUGCUCAUUGUAAGGUUUGGAGCGUCGAUAAGAUCAUUCUUGGUAAAACUGCUUCCAAAAUGGUACUUCCAUCAGAAUGCUGGUAAGGUUUUCGAGCAAGACAUGGGAUUUCUCUCCUCGCAGAAUGAGGUCCUGAUGAAGGAGAAUGUGCCUACAAAGGACUUGUAUCUCAAUAUACAGUCAUCAGACACAUGGGUCGCCGAGUAUCGGAAAUGGAUGGAUAAGGUGGGCCACGGGAUGCCGUACUACUUCGGACACAAGACCAUCUCAUUACCUAAAGUACCUGCUGUGGUGGAACAUGCACCUGCUGGGCUGGUUGCUGGCAUUUCGGCAUCCAUGCCUGCCAAGGGUGGGAUAGGAACUGUCCAUGCUCCGAAUCCAGCCAACCGAUACUUCCGUCAUGUGGUACAUUGCAAAGGAUGUAGGGAUGAUGUACAAGCUUUCCAAGCUUGGAAGAAUGCUCUUUAUAUCAUGACAUUCGCAUCCGCUGCAUUAGCAGUUGUUGUAUCGGGAAGGCAGUGGAAGGUCCUCUUCUUAGUAUCGGCGGCAUUGUUCUUGACUGGGAUGCAUGCAUGUUCUAGCGCUGUUUCCCUCAUAACAACAAACUUCGUUAGGAAGCAUAGGAGAUUGUGAGCGAUCAAUCGAAGGUGUGAUGUUUGAAAUAGGCGGGCCAUCCAUCUUAGUAGCGAUUAUGUGGUGCUUGUAUGGUAUUGAUGAUUGUACAAUUAGUUCGGUUCUCAAGCUAAUAAGAUUUUAAAGUUAUUUUUCUUUUAGAUGCCAUGUUUCUGCCUCUUGGGGUGCGAAUUCCGUUCCAGCUUGUUAUGAACACAUUCGGAUACUCUAUGCAUGUUUACAUGCAUGCUAUGUUAUAAAUGUAUGUUAUCAAUUCUGACAA